AUGGCAAAUGACGCGCAACUUCCGGGAAACGAUGAUCGUACUGACGAGGAAACCUACUACAUAGGAGGAUCUCAAGAACAGGACCGCCUAGAUUUUGCUCACCAUCUUUGGAAGUUAACUUAUGAUGGCAAAUUAUGUAACUGCCCCAAAUUAUACGGCGCUAAAAGAGUUCUUGAUGUUGGAACCGGAACUGGAAUAUGGGCUCUUGCGUAUGCGGAUGAGCACCCCGGAGCUUUUGUCUUGGGUGUUGACCUGAGCCCUAUACAGCCUGAAUUCGUCCCUCCGAAUUGCCAUUUCGAGGUUGACGAUAUUGAGAAAGAGUGGAUUUGGUUAGAGGCAUUCGACUUCAUAUUUUCUAGAUCUAUGAACGCCUGCUUCAAAAGUCGCACAGACUUCGUAAUCCAAGCCUUCAAGAAUCUUGAACCUGGUGGAUACCUGGAAAUGCAGGAUAAUGGCUUCCCUUUGAUUUGUACCGACGGGACUAUGCCAGAAGAUUCAUUGAUAUACAAGUGGUCUCAGCUGCUCGUUGAAAGCACCGGAUUGAUUGGACAGCCACUUGAUGACGCCCCGAAAUUCAAACAGAUGCUCGAGGACGCUGGGUUCGAAGACGUGCAUGAGAGGAAGGAGAUAUGGCCGAUUGGGCCGUGGCCCGAAGAGGGCACCAAAGAACAUGAAUUGGGCAUGUGGUGCCAGUCUAUCACCAUGGAAAGCCUGGAAGCCCUCUCGCUUGCUCUAUUUACUCGCGUUCUGGGAUGGUCGCGGGCGCGGACGUUAGUGUUCUGCGCUGGAGCUCGAGAGGAGUUGAAGCAGCAAAAUAUCCACGCCUAUUUCGAUGUCUAUGCAGUCUGGGGUCGGAAACCUGCUGAAAGAGGGAGUGCUUAA